AUGGGAUUUGCCAUCUUGGCAACAUACGUUGCUAUACAACAGACGAAGAAAUCACGGAGACCUUUGAAGAGUGUAUACGUUUGGAUGAUAUGGGUUGAGCUGGUGGCCUGUGUCAUCAUUGCUCUCGAGUGCCUGCUCUACCUGCUGUAUAUCAUCCAACCCAGUUUCUACUUCUUCAUGUCCAUAUUGUUCCUCUGGGCUACCCAGAUCCAUCUCCUUCUACAAAUUAUCAUCAAUCGCAUACGUGUUAUUCUACAUGACCAGAGAAAGGGUAGGGCCAUGGUCAUUGGCGUUGCCCUAUUCAUCGUCUGUAUCAACAUCAGUGUAUUCUGCAUCUGGAUACCGGCGAGGCUGGAGAUAAGUCAACGGUAUUUCCACAUCAACAAUGUAUGGGAUCGCGUCGAGAAGGUUCUCUACCUGUUCGUCGAUGGCUGCCUGAAUUGGUAUUUCAUCCGUACUGUCAAGCAAAACCUUGUUGCCAAUGGCUUGCAAAAGUACAACCGUCUUGUGCGGUUCAACCAGCGCAUCAUAGUUGUAUCGCUUUCCAUGGACGUGAUGAUCAUCGGCGCGAUGAGCAUCCCGAAUGGUUUCCUCUACGCAAUGUUCCACCCCCUCGCCUUCCUCGUAAAGCUCAACAUCGAAAUGACGAUGGCCAACCUCAUCCGCAAGAUCGCGCUCGAGAACCAAAACCAGAAUUCUUUCCUGGUCACCUUCGUCUCUCACUCCACCGACUCCGCACGACCCGAAAUAUGUCCGACCUCCAAACGUCAUCGUUGGUCGAUAAGCUCACUAGUGGACCCGAAACGAUGGUCUAGACAGCCUCUACAUGAGCCAGAAGACGGCAUCAUCAAAACAGAAGAGUUCUCGGUGAUUAGUAGAAGGAGAAGCCAGCUGAGUUCGAACCUGUGUAGGGGAUCGAGCCAGAAGACGUGGAAAAGAGAGGACAGUCUGGCACUUGAAGAGACGAGUGUGAGAAGUGAUGUAGUCCCCCAAACUAGUAGGGAUUCCACGGAACAUGCUACAAGUCGAGAUAGUGCGGUCGCGGGUGACGAUGUGGUAUUGGUACCGCCCCCAGCUGUCACACGGCAUCUCGAGAAUGAGUGA